GCGGCGGCGGCAGCGGCUGCGGAGGAAGUUCCCGCUUUGCCUCCACCCCGGUAGCAGCUUCGCGGCUGGGGACAGCUUCCUCCGGACGCUCCGCGAUCUUUGCCGCCGCCGCACGUCUGUCACAGGACCAUGGGGUUGACCAAGGGGCCGGAGGGCCAGGGUCUCCCGGAGGUAGAAACAAGAGAAGAUGAAGAACAAAAUGUCAAGCUGACUGAAAUUCUGGAGCUUUUGGUUGCAGCUGGGUAUUUCAGGGCAAGAAUUAAAGGCUUAUCACCUUUUGACAAGGUAGUAGGAGGAAUGACUUGGUGCAUUACCACUUGCAGCUUUGACAUAGACGUUGAUUUGCUCUUUCAGGAAAACUCUACAAUAGGACAAAAAAUAGCACUAUCAGAAAAAAUCGUCUCAGUCCUGCCAAGGAUGAAGUGUCCACACCAGCUGGAGCCCCACCAGAUCCAGGGCAUGGAUUUUAUUCACAUAUUUCCUGUUGUCCAGUGGCUGGUGAAGCGAGCUAUAGAAACAAAGGAAGAGAUGGGUGACUACAUCCGCUCCUACUCCAUAUCCCAGUUCCAGAAAACCUACAGUCUCCCUGAGGAUGAUGACUUCAUAAAGAGAAAAGAAAAGGCCAUCAAGACAGUUGUCGACCUUUCAGAUGUUUACAAGCCCCGUCGGAAAUACAAACGCCAACAGGGAGCAGAAGAGCUGCUCGAUGAAGAAUCUCGAGUCCAUGCCACGCUUUUGGAAUAUGGCAGGAGAUACGGAUUUAGCCGCCAGAGCAAAACAGAGAAGGCCGAGGACAAGAAAACGGCACUUCCCUCAGGGCUCUCGGCUGCGGAAAAAGCUGAUGCCCAUGAGGAAGAUGAGCUUCAAGCUGCUGAAGAGCAGCGUAUUCAGUCGUUGAUGACCAAGAUGACUGCCAUGGCGAAUGAGGAGAGCCGCCUCACCGCCAGCUCAGUAGGCCAAAUUGUGGGACUCUGCUCCGCCGAGAUCAAGCAGAUUGUGUCCGAGUAUGCAGAGAAGCAGUCUGAGCUGUCAGCUGAAGAAAGUCCAGAAAAAUUAGGAACCUCCCAACUUCAUCGUCGAAAAGUCAUCUCCUUGAACAAGCAGAUUCUGCAGAAGACCAAACAUCUGGAAGAGCUGCAGGCAAGUCAUACCAGCCUACAAGCCAGAUACGAUGAAACAAAGCAAACUCUGACAGAGCUGAAGCAUCACAGUGAGAAGCUGGACAAAGAGCAAGCGGCCCUGGAGAAGAUAGAAUCCAAAGCGGAUCCCAGUAUCCUGCAGAACUUGAGAGCACUUGUAGCCAUGAAUGAAAAUCUGAAAAGUCAGGAACAAGAGUUUAAAGCACAUUGUCGAGAGGAGAUGACACGGCUGCAGCAGGAAAUUGAAAACCUGAAAGCCGAGAGAGCACCAGGCGGAGAGGAGAAGAGCCUAUCUGCUGGAGAGCCACAUGGUGCCCUAACCCCUGGGAUGACUCAUAAUGAAGACCUAGACAGACGGUAUAACAUGGAGAAAGAGAAACUUUACAAGAUCCGUUUACUACAGGCUCGAAGAAAUCGAGAAAUAGCAAUUUUGCAUCGCAAGAUUGAUGAAGUACCCAGCCGAGCUGAGCUAAUACAGUAUCAGAAGAGAUUUAUUGAACUCUACCGCCAGAUUUCUGCAGUGCACAAAGAAACCAAGCAGUUCUUCACUUUAUAUAAUACCCUGGAUGAUAAAAAGGUUUAUUUGGAAAAAGAGAUCAGCCUGCUGAACUCAAUUCAUGAGAACUUCUCACAAGCCAUGGCCUCCCCUACUGCCCGGGACCAGUUUUUACGUCAGAUGGAACAGAUCGUAGAAGGAAUUAAGCAGAGCAGAAUGAAGAUGGAAAAGAAGAAGCAAGAGAACAAGAUGAGAAGAGACCAGUUGAAUGACCAGUACUUGGAACUGUUAGAAAAGCAGAGGCUCUACUUUAAGACUGUGAAGGAGUUCAAGGAGGAGGGCCGCAAGAAUGAGGUGCUGCUGUCCAGGGUCAAAGCCAAGGCCUCCUGAAAGUUCCCGGACAUCAUCGUAUGUCACUGAUUUUUUUUUUUUCUUUUAAUGCCAUGUAUCAACUGCAAGAUGGUGAAAUGGUUCUGAACACUACAGUAGAGAGAUGCAGGGGUCAUAAUCUCUCAGCACCCGGAUAUUUUCUUUCUCCCAUUUGCUUCCAUUUCAUCUCUCUGUUGUUGAUGGAAUCAGACGGUGUAAACAUGAUGACUUGGAUAACACCUGUCAUCCUAUGAGGAAAUGCGGGCAGUAUUCGUUCUGUGUCGGGUCAACUUGAAUUUCUCCAGUAACAUUGCACAUAUGAAGGUACCUGUAUUUGUAUGGACUCUCUGAAUAAAAAGGAAUUCAUUUGUUCAGCAAAUGUUAAUUGAGCAACCAGUGAGAAGUAAGCACUGGGGGAGACGGAAGUAUAAAACACAGGCCCUGCACCUCAGGCAGCCAGCAAGUGGCCCGGGGUGGGGGGCAGAAAUAGCCCAUUAGACCCCAGAGCUUGGUCACCUGAGUUUUUUUUUUUUUUUUUUUUUUUAGUAAACAAAGGUUUUUAGCUGAAUGACCAGCCCAUGUGAGUGUUGGUCACGUGGGCCCUUCACUUACCCUUGGUGCCUUUUGUUCCUGGCUCCUUGAGAUGCCAGCCAGCAGUCUUAAUGGUGUAACUGCAAGAAUGAAAGCUCAAUGGCUGCCAUCAGUUUAAUUCUUACACACAACUCGAGUUUAUUUCACCAAAAAUUGAAAACAGGGGCCUCAUAUUGAGGACCCCUACACAAGCAUGACACCUUAAUAUGCCCAGUUCUCAUGUGAGUACCAGCCAGGCGUGGUUGGUCUUGUGCAUCCCUCCCCAUUAUGCACACACACCGUGAGCUCCACGUUCUGGACGGGUCCUGGGCCAUGCACAGAGAUGAGACUCAUGCACCAGUCCCUGAGCUCCAGGGCAGCGUGUGGUAAAUGCCAGAGCGACCGGCCACGAGCGGAAAGCGCUGGAGGAGGAAGAGCAGUGGGACGUGCAAAGGUCCAGGAGAUGUCGUGGGCGAGGUAGGCCUGGGGCUAGAUCGCAGUGGGGAGUUGCAUUUUAAUAGGCGGACACAGGUGGGAAGGCCAUUUCGGAUAAAGUACGACUGUAAUUAGAAACUUGAAAGGGUGCAGGGAGAGUCUAAGCAUGCUUGUUGGGCAAGGAGUGGACGGGCCUGUCUCUGCAGGACAGGCAGGCUGGGACCAGCCUUUGGGGGGGCCUUGAAGGCAGGCAGAGUGGUAGACUGUGUCCUCUGGAAAUGAGCAGAGCAGACCAGAUGCAGAGCCCCUCCUGCCCUGGCUGUCAGGGAUCUGGCAGCUCAGCCGUGUUCAGUGAACCCCAGCGUGAGGUUUGCGCUUCAUUCUGCAUGAACCUUGCAGACAUAACUGGUCAGUAGGUAUGGACGUGACACAUGGAAGCUUAUACAUGGAGGCAGCUGGGGCAUUCGGUGCGGUCACAAGAGCAUCACGUUCAUUCUUAGUUCUCUGAUGAGUGCAGUAAACAAAUCUGAUGUGGACAGAACUUUAGAAAUCUGAUGCCGGAUUAGCAGCAGCCGUGGGUUUCUGUGGCCGGGCAGCGAGGCCUGUCCGAUGAGGCUGGCUGCUUCCAGAGUGACACUCCCCUGUGCCGAGUGUGCCCUCCCUGGGCUGCAUACGUCGCCCCUUGGCUGCUCCGGCAGCCACAGUCAUCUGCAGAUUGAUUUUUGAAAGGGCCCCAUGAAGCUGAAGCAAGUGACAGCAGGUGGCACUCUGAGCGCAGGGGGGUGGUGCUGGACAGCAGUUUGCAGAUUAUUUCAGAUUCAGGGAAACAUCUGUGUUUUCUUGUUGAGAAGCUCAUGGACCCACCCCCCCAACAACAUUUUGAGCAGUUAUGAAAUUGUCUAUUUGUCCAAAGGUGGUAGGGAGGUUAUAUCCUGGGGUUCCAUAGCACAUCUCCAUGCUAUUGGGGAAAGUAUGGCAUGACUACUCUAAAGCAACUAAUUAAUAACCGUUUUUAAAAGUGAGAGGCAUUUAUUGGGUAUGUUUCCAAAGAAUUUCGUUUUGAUUUGGUUUUGGUAUGGGGAGGUAUCAGAAGAUCUCUUUUCCCCUUUUAAUCCACAAGGUCUAGUACAGAUAACAAGUUCAUUCCUAUUCCUUGGACACAUCUUGGAUUGGACUGCAGGAGUCAGUUUUGAGAACUGCGUGUUUGCUACAGAUGCCCCACAGAGUGGAUGGUGCCUUUGUGAGGAAUUAGGACCAUAAGCGUGCCUUACAGUCAGGCCUUAGAGGCUGACGUGAUGCCCCAAGGCCCUCUUCAUUUCAGAAGCCACUCAGGAGCAUUCCUCCCAGGACAUCUUGUGUGCCCAGAGUAUGGCUGGGUACUGGGCUAAGCCCACAGACUUUUCUGUUUAAAAAAAAAAAAAA